AUGAGGAUCAAAAGCUUUGGACUUCUUUGUGUGUUGAUUCUGGUCUCCCAGAUGCUACUAGCCAACUGUGAAAGACAGAAAGAAAGAAAGAAGGGAAGACAAGGCAUUGAAGAUGGUGGAAAAAAACAAACCGAAUCUAACCAAGAAAAAGAAAAAGGGCGGAGGUCAAAAGGAGGAAAAUCAUCUCCCAAAGGCAAGUUUAAAACCAAAGAAAAUGCUGAGUGCACCUGGGCAGUGACUGACAUGAAUGCUGCUACGGUGCAUGUAGAGUGCAAGCAUGGUGACAGCGUGUUCUGGUGCGAAUUCUCUGGAGAUCCUUCCACGUGCACGCAGUAUGCAGCAAACCAGAAAUCCUACUGGAAACAAGUCUCCCGAUCCCUAAAGAAGCAAAAGCAGAUCUGUGAAGACCCCAAAAGUGUUCUAAAAUCUAAACUAUGUAGGAAAGGUCCACGAAGCGCUCAUCUCAAGUUGACCCAGUCAAGCCUACUAGCAUCAGUUGGUCCUGCAAAAGGAAAUACAAUUCAUCAUGCAAAAGAAGUUGUUCAGCUUCCAGCAGCUGCCUCUGUGACUGAAAAAAAGCGAGAGCAGAGUCCUCCAGACUGUGUUGAAGACAUAGAUUAUAUUGAUCAGAAAAAGGUGGCUGAGGAAUACUGUCCAGAAAGCUUGCUUUCUUUCUGCAACUUUUUUAUCACAAUGGUCCAAGACAAAAAGUGCUGA